AUGGAUACCUUUCUCCACAAUAAGACUCGGAAGAAAGCUGGCUUCAUACCAAGGAGGACCCGACCUAGCUCUGGAGCUAGAAGAAAGCUUUUGGGUCAGAGCUCUAGGCCACUGCCUUUGGAUCAGGGUAAAUAUCUGAACUGGAAAAUGUUUGAAACCUUUGUCUCUCACUUUAAAGAAACAAAACUCUUUCAGUUAAAAUGCAUUGUUGUUGAACCGUUGGUUCCCUUGGUAGUGAUUGUGUUGGUUCUUACUUGUGUUUUAUCAAUUGCAUCGUCUCCUCCAGGUGAGGAUAGCGGUAGCUUGGAGGGAAGCACUGACCCAGUAGAGAGCGCUGAUACAGGCAAGAACAUCGAAGCUGGCCUCCAAGAAGCAUUGGAAGACCCGGUUAGGCAAGAAGCCUUUAAUGAAUAA